AAGGCCAUAUCUGCAAGUUCUCUUGAGGAAGGAAAGGUUUAUAAGGCGAAAACACUUCUUCAGACCAUCCUUAUUGGGAACCUUACGAUCCAGCGGCAAUGAAGGGCCUGGUUUUGAUCCUAACGCUUGCCUUAAUAGCCAAUCCCAUCGAUCAGAUCUAUGGUAUGGCAAUGGAAGGGCAUGUCGCCCACUUGGGAAGAUGCAAGUGCUUAAGGCACAUCUCGGGGUUUUUUGGACCCAGGCAAGUGAAACGCAUUCAAGUCAUCCCCAGAGGAAUACACUGCCGAAGAACGGAGAUUAUAUUUACUCUGAUAAACGAAUGGAAAUAUUGUGUGCACCCUGACACUCCUUGGGUGAUGUCAUUGCUUAAAAAGCUGACCAAGAGCUAAUUGCAAAUGGAUUUUUUUCCUGGGGGUGAAAAACAUUCUUAAGAUGUCUUGAGAAAACAGCCCAUCCUGCAAGCAUCAGGUUUAUCUUUCUAUAUGUACAGAUUUAAUUGCAUCCGUUCAAGUGGCAAUUUCUCCAUUCCUUGGAAAAAAGCUGGUGGCAGAAGGCAGACACAAGAAAAUAAUGACUGUUUUGGAAUAAAAUUGUGAUAUUGUGUAUUUGCUUAAAGGAAACUUAACAACUCCAGCAAAGCUACUAUUGAAUAAUUAUACUAUGCAGCUACUCAGCAGUUACCACCCAGAGCUACGAUUUCACAGCCGUUUUGCUUCUAGUUUGUUUUUAAUAAUUAUGAUGUACUCAGCAUGUGAUCUUUCUCUCCCUCAGGACUUCUCACAGUCAUAAUCCUGCUCGUAUCCUAGAUUCCCUCAAAUAUUUUCUUUCCGUUUUGUACUCUGCAAGAAUGUCUCAGCUGUUUUGCUGAAAAGAGAGGGAAAUUCACAAACCAUUCAGAAGUGUGGCAGUUGAUAAAAAUAACCUUUCAGGUUGUCACUGACGGGUAACCAAGCCAGGCCUACUCUUUCUGACUUAACUUUCAACCGCUAUGCGUUGCUCUGUUUGUGGCAUGUAUCCAGGGGUGGGAUUCAAAUAAUUUAACAACCGGUUCUCUGCCCUAAUGAUUUCUUCCAACAACCAGUUCACCAAACUGCUCAGAAAGUUAACAACCGGUUCUCCCGAAGUGGUGUGAACUGGCUGAAUCCCACCACUGGACGUAUCUACCAGGGGUGGGUUCUAUUUAUUUUUACUACUAGUUCGCAACAGGAACGAACCGGUAGUAAAGGUACGAAGAAACUUCUGCACAUGUGCAGAUCACCCGUGAUGACGUUGUGGGGGUGGGCGGAGCCUCCCGCCGGUUUUACUACCGGUUCUAUACAACCGGACCGAACCGGGGGCAACCCACCACUGGUAUCCACAAUGUAUUAUGUUUUAGAUAUUUGCCACAAACUAUAACAAUGCCUAAUGUUGUGUUGGCUAUGUGAUGAAAAUAUAUUCCUUUUGCAAAAAGUGCCACCAGCCUUCUUUGACAUGUUGGAUACAUUUGGAGUUUUGAAACAAACUUUAGGAGCUGUUGCAAAACAGAUCUUUAUAAUGGAGCCUGGCAAAAGGAUUACCUAAUUUACAAAACAGGAGUCCCUGUGUCCAUUAAACAACAACAACAACAAAAACCACCUUUCCCAACUAACUGAAUUUAUUAAAAGGCAUGAACUUUGUUCAAAAGGCAUAAGCUAGGCA